AUGAGAGAUGAAAAUAAAGACACCAUAACGUAUGAAUAUGUAGAUAAUGUCCUUAAGGAAACUUUUCGAGAUUCGAAUUUCACAAGAGAAAGUAAAGCUAGAGGAUAUAACCUCUACAAAAUAGCAAGAUUGUGCCAAAGUGGCAUAAACAAAAUAUUAUUACGCAAAGAUGAAUCAGGAGUACAGACCUUUGGAG